CGCCGAGGCCUAGAGGGGCCGGCGCGCGGCUGCCGCCCGCCCGCUGCGCGGCUGGGAGGCGUUGCCCUCCCUCGGCACGGCCGUGCGGGCGCGUCGCAGCCUCCGAGUGACGGGCAGGACCUCAGUGCGAGGCCAGGGGCUGCAUCACCUCACGGAGCGCCCCGGGCCCGCGUCCCUCACGGCGGCGGUCUUCUCGUGAGCCAGCUUUUCGCCUGCGGAGUCGGUCCCUCUCACGCGUCUCCCUGACGGAGGAACCGAGAGCUACGAAGUGACCUGCUCGGGGUCACGUCGUUUAGCCGCGGCAGCCGCUCGGCUCCGCUCAGGCCCGUGUCCCGUCGUCUGCUCUGCCACCGCGGCGCAUCGCCUGGACGCCGGGCACCUCCUCAUCUGGCGUCUCCUGCCCGUCUGGCAGUCGCGCACCGUCCGUACCCACCGACCGCCGUCGGUGAGCAUCAGCGCCGCGCGGACGCCCGCCCCUCCCGUGGCGCCCGCCACCAGGCCGGCCUUGUUACCGAGUCCGCUUCGCCGCAGCCAGUGCCACGCAGAGCAGUGGACAGCGCCUGAGUCGAGGAAUCUGGCAAAAACCUUUUGUGAACAAAGGGCGAUUUCAUCACCGUCAGUGACACGGGUCGGAAAAGCACCUGGAAUGGACAAAAGCAGCAGUUUUUGUUACUUCCCAUGAGGUCGUGUAUCUGGGAUGACAACCUUGAAAUUAAUCUAAAGUAGACAUUUCUACAGACAUGAAAUGGCUUGGGCAGCACCAGGAGGACUUGAGAGGAAUACGUGGAAGUGCACAGCUACAGAAGACUUUGCCAACAGCAUUCACGGGAAACAGUCGACCAGAAACACCAGUAGAGAAACUUUAAAAAUUUUGUCAAGCAGUGGAAAACUGAGUCUUGUUUGAAAAUUAAGCAAAAUCUACAGUGAAGAAAAAUGAAAUAUAGCUCAAAUAUAAGGUUUUAUUUAACAGCCUAAUGUAUAGUUAUGAAAACAAAUGAAGGAGAAAUCUUUUUUUUUUUUAAUCUUUCCUAUAGUAAAACUGUUGGAAAACUUUUGGAGCUGUCUCUAAAAACUGCCAAGAUUCUGAAACUUGGUAAUAUUCCGAAUAUGGAACAUUUCAGGAAAAUAGAGCGCAUAAGAAUACACCAGAUGUUCACAAGGAAGAAGAUCUGAGAAUUGAAAAGUGCUGCUAACAGAUCCAUUAUUUGCAUCCGUACCUUGGUAAACAUAAGCCACACCCAAAGCUCAGUCUUGAAUGCCGUAUUGAACGUAAUAAAAGUCAACAUCCAUUCAUAUGGAUAAAACUAAGUUUCUUCUUCAUCUAAAGACAUUACGUAAGUGUUCCUGAAUUCCAGUUCUCUAGACAUACCGGUAUCAGAGCGGCUUGACGUCUUUACCCAGGUGGAUGGACUGCUGCCCGGCGAAAACUUAAGUACAGAGCAAUAGGAGCACCGCUUUGUUUCCUGGCAGUGAGUUAGACCGUCUGCAGAUACUCGUUAUUCCGACCGGCACCGAUGUGUCUGUGAGGGAGAGGAGGAGCAGCGGACCCUGACGACCGAUCACCCCUGUCUCGCAGGAGCAACUGCUCCAUAGCACUCCAAGCAGUAGCAGCUUUCUGGGUGCCUAACUUUACCUCUAGAUUUAGCACUUCAAUCGUGAACACUUAUCCCUUUUUAGCCCUUUACCAACUUCAGUACAAAUGCCUGUGCCUUCUGGGCUUUGAGCUAGUAUUUUGGGGAGUGGAGGGUGGGGGGAGGGUUCAUUUUGUUUUUAAUUUUUCUUUUCCAACUCAGUAAAACUUUUUCUUUUUUCUCCUGUUGGUUAUUGAAACCAAAUUCAGUAUGAAUAAAAGAGGGAAAUACACAACACUGAAUUUAGAGGAGAAAAUGAAGGUUCUAAGUAGGAUUGAAGCGGGACGAUCUCUUAAAAGUGUAAUGGAUGAAUUUGGAAUCAGUAAAUCAACAUUUUAUGACAUUAAGAAGAAUAAGAAAUUGAUUUUGGAUUUUGUACUGAAGCAGGACAUGCCAUUAGUAGGGGCUGAGAAGAGAAAGAGGACAACAGGAGCCAAAUAUGGUGAUGUGGACGAUGCAGUCUACAUGUGGUACCAACAAAAACGCUUAGCUGGUGUCCAUGUCAGAGGUGUGGAGCUUCAGGCUACUGCAGAGAGAUUUGCACAGUGUUUUGGGCGAACAGACUUCAAAGCUAGCACCGGUUGGCUUUUUAGAUUUCGUAACAGGCAUGCAAUUAGGAACCGAAAAGUAUGUGGGGAACAACUCCUAAGUUCAACUUCAGAAAAUGUUGAACAAUUUAGACAAAAGCUGUCUGUGCUUAUCAAAGAGGAAAAACUGUGUAUAGCUCAGCUGUACAGUGGGAAUGAGACUGACUUCUUUUGGAAAUCAAUGCCAGAAAACACUCAGGCGAGCAGAAAAGAUAUCUGCCUGCCAGGGAGGAAAAUAAACAAAGAACGGUUGUCUGCUCUUUUAUGUGCAAAUGCAGAUGGAACUCAUAAGUUAAAGUCAAUCAUUAUUGGAAAAUCAAAGCUACCCAGAAGCAUAAAAGAGGACAUAAGUACCUUACCUGUGAUAUACAGACCCAGUAAGGAGGUUUGGUUCACCAGAGAAUUGUUUUCAGAAUGGUUCUUUCAAAACUUUGUUCCUGAAGUCAGGCGUUUUCAACUUAAUGUUUUAAAAUUCCAGGAAGAGGACAUCAGGGCCUUAUUACUUCUGGACAGUUCCCCAGUUCACCCCUCUGCUGAAUCACUAACCAGUGACGAUGGUCGAAUAAAAUGCAUGUUCUUUCCCCAGAACACUUCAAUCUUGAUUCAACCAAUGAAUCAAGGUGUGAUCUUGAGCUGCAAACGACUUUAUAGGUGGAAGCAACUUGAAGAAAGCCUUGUAAUUUUUGAAGAAAGUGAUGAUGAGCAAGAUAAAGGAGAAAAAGGAAUUUACAAGAUUAAAAUUUACAAUAUAAAAAGUGCAGUUUUUAACUGGGCAAAGAGUUGGGACGAAGUAAAACAAAUAACCAUAGUAAAUGCCUGGGAAAACCUUCUUUACAAAAAGGAACUUGAAUAUGAUCUUCAAGGCUUAGAAGAUGGGGACUAUAGAGAAAUUCUUCAGAAAUGUGGGGAGUUGGAAACCAGGCUGGAUGAUGACAGAAUGUGGUUAAAUGGGGAUGAUAAGGAAAAGGGUAGCCUCCCCAAAAGAAAAGGUGGAAUUACAAAGGAAGUUCAGAGGGGCGGCUGCUUUGAGGAGCAAACUGCUGAAUUUCAGUUAUCUGCUGUAAGAGAGAGGUUGGACUACCUUCUUGACUUUGUAGAUGCCACACCUGAGUUUCAAAGGUUCCACUUUACACUGAAAGAGAUGCAACAAGAAAUAGUCAAGAAACAGUUCCAGAGUAGAAUCCAUUCUAGAAUUGGUAGCUUUUUGAAACCUAGGCCUCAUAAUAUCAAGGAUUCCUUCAAUAUGCCUUCAACUUCUGGUUCUAGUAAUUAGAUUUUGUGUUUAAAGAUUUCCAGUUAUACGAUAUGAUGUAGACCUGUUGUGAAUGGUCUGUAUUUUUAUCAGCUGACCUCACUUUGCAUAUCAAUGCCCAUUUAUAUAUUAUUCAUAAAAUAGACUUGAAAUAAUAAAUUUGUGUUUCUUUAAAUGUA